AUGCUUGCCCUGGCUGUGGCUCGCUGUGGCCGUGCGCUGUGGUCGCACGCAUGCCUCCGCACCCCGGCCUCCCUCUCGUCCUUUCGUACACUCCCCACCUCCGCCGCUGCAUCCGCUGGAGCGGUGACAAAGGAUUCCACUGUGUCGCAGUUUGCGACUGUGCGCAUCAGCAGCUCCAUCCCCGUUCACGUUCAGAGCCUGGAGCCUGCGCGCAGGCCAAGCGCCCUCAAGGAAGAUGCUUCGGUGGACGACAGAACACGCGUGCACAUCGAGCUCAAGCCAGAUCGUAGCAUGCACGGUGGCUUGACACAGGACGACCUGUGCAUCGACCACGAGGGCGAGAAUCUCGUCGUGAAAUGUCAUCGCCAAGGCGCAACCCUCAAUGUCUGGGUUCCAUUUUCGUGUGGAGUGGAUGCUGAGCUGAAGGAGGCAGACGAAAGCAGCAGCCCUGCCGACUUGAUUGUGAGCAAGAUGGAGGGCGGUGCCAUCUCCUUCAAAACCGGCCGAGGCUCGUGUUUCCUGGCGGGUGUGAAGACAUCUGCUGUGAACGGCACUUCGGACGCCGGCAACCUCGUCAUCGACAGCUUGCUCGGGAAUGUGAGCUAUCAGAGCACGACUGGCAGUGUCUUUGUCCGUCGUGUGCAGAGCCAAGAAUUUGACGUUGAGCUCGCGAGCGGAACUGCGUCUGUGGAGGCGCUGUAUUCGGAUGUGACGCGAGUUGCGACGGAGAGCGGGCACAUCAGUGUUGGCGACGCACACGGGCCGGGGUCCUAUCGCUCAGACACAGGCGACAUCACCCUCGGCACGGUGGAUGGCCCCAUGGAUGUGUGGACGCGAACUGGAAACGUGUUCAUGCAUGUCGCGCGCGCCGUCAACGGCACUGUCAACAGCGACUCAGGUAUUGACAACACUGAGCAGAUGAACCCGAGAGAGAGUGAGCGGUUGAAGUGGCCUGAGGUGCUGUAUUGCACGCGCCCCCACACGCGGCGGGGGGUGCACCCCAAUGACGCCACCGCCACCACCACCACCAGCAACGGCAGCAACGGCACGGGACGACCACUGGCAACAACAGCGCUGGAGCUCCGGCGCAAGAGCGGGGGGAAGCACGAUGGACGCCACGGCGAAAUUGAGCUGCAGGUUGGACGCGCCAUCACCGAGGACGUGCCGCACACGGGCACCAUCACCGUCACGCACGCGCCGGGGAAGCUGGCCGUGAGCUGCGAGUCGUACAUGCAGGCGGUGAUGGGCAAGCGCCGCAGCAUCAUCACAAAUAUGCGCGCAGCGUGGCCGCAGCCGUCACGCACGUGA